UUUUGUGGCAUCCCUUAAGGCUGAUGUCCUGAGCCAGUCAAACACAACGCAUUCUAAAAAUUGUACAGGUAGUGCUAGUUUUUAUCCCUGUACUAGUGGAGCAUCACAUUUCUCGAGAAAGCAGCUUCAUCCCUGGCCUCGCCCUCUAAUUCAUGCCCCUCUUUUUGCUCCAUUUUUUUAGCUUGAAUCUUGGGCUUGGAACAGCAAAAGUUAACUCCUUGAUCUCUAUAAAUAAUUCGGAGUUUAAAGAGAAAUUUCAACUUUCACAUCCCCAAAGAAGAUCCAAAGCCGUCCAGACUUAAGGUUAGCAACAAUCCCCUACAUCGCAUAACAUAUAUUUGGAGAGCGACAUGGGUGAAACGGCACAAGAAAAGAGUGAGAAGAAGGACAAGCACCCGAAGGAGGACAAGCACAAGGAUGCUGAACAUGCAAAAGAGGAGAAAAAGGAGGAUAAAUCCAAGGACAAGAAAAAGAAGGACAAGGAGUGUAAGAAGGAAAAGAACCCUGAAGACAAGAAAGACCCACAAAAGCUGAGGCAGAAGCUCGAGAAGGUUGACGCCAAGAUGCAGGCUCUGGUGGCGAAGCGUGAAGAGAUUCUGAAGUCGAUUCAGGAAGCCGAGCAGAAGGCCAAGGUUUCUGGCGGGGAAGCCGCGCCGGCCGCCACCUCUUAAGGCUCAUGUCAAGGCCAGAUGGAGACGCUGAUGCAUAAGAUGUACAGAACUUGAUUGAGAGGAAGGACAAAAUACCUGUAUAAUUAGGGAUAGAAAUCUUGGAGCAUAAAAACUUAGAUGAUGCACCUAUGAAUGGUAUAGUUAAUUAUGUGGCGUACAUGUCUCAAAGAGUAGCAUUGCCACAACAUAAUAAAUAGUCACGACGUUGAUUUUAAUUCCUAAAUUGUAACUGCUUAUCGUGUGAUCGCACUUAUAUAAUAAUUUGCACACGUUUA